AUGAGGCCGGCAUCUCACAGGACGGCUGGGAUUAAAAGACAGGCUGAAGUCCUGCAAGAUCUAUAUGGCAUGGCCUGGUUCCGAGAUUUUGCAGUCAAGACAAAAGUGUAUGCUGAUAUUGCUAGCACCGAUACUGCUGCUCAAAACAAGUUCAAGGAUGAUAUCUUUGAAGCCGUUCUGGCAACAGGAUUUCUAUGCAACAGCGAUCGAACGAGAACAGCUCCUCUGAUGCUGGAUCUUCAGACAAACUAUUGCAGAGAAGUGGAUUGUUAUCCAAAGACGGUCAGCAAAGCACAAGAUAUGUUGAAGAUUCACAUGGAUGUGAUUAAAAAUCCGGGAGUGAACCUCUACCAAGGAAAGGACCAACCUAAUAAAGGUAAAGGUAAAGGAAAAGGAAAGGGGAAACCGAAGGAUGGAAAGAAGGCAGCAUGUUAUAUAUGUGGCAACAAAGACCAUAUGUCUCCAAAAUGCCCAGACAGACUGCUACCAAAGACCCAAUGGAAGAAUCAGGAUCAAUAUGUUGACUAUGGGAAGAAGCUCAAUCUUAACCAGAUUGGAGCAACUGUCCCAGCUACUGUUCCAGCUAUAGUUCCUGGAGCUUCAGCAUCCACAAGUGGAGCAUCAAGUGUUGUGGGAAGAGUUAACACACCUUUGCGACUUGCUGGUACUACAGGUAAUCAAAUGAUGCAAGUUCCUUCCGGAAUGCAGCUCAUGCAGAUUCCAACUCAAGGUGGUGGCACUGUUACUGUCCCUUAUUCUAUGAAUGCUAACGGUGAGAUUGCGUUCAGUGGAAUGCAACUCAGCCGACAAGGCUUCAGUGGUGCUCAAGUGCGCCAAGGAUUUGAUGCAACUCAAGCUCAAACUCUGCAAGCUGUGAAAACUGGAUAUUUUGAUACGUCAAAUGUCUUUCACGAUGCUAUCAAGGGAAAGGAUGAGAAUGGCAAUGAUGUCUAUCUUAUUCCAUGUCCUACUGGUAUGACGAAUGUUGAACUUCAAGCCGACUGGCACUAUGCUAGUGAAGAUGAAGAUUUGCCUGAUCUUGCUACUGAAGCAGAUCGAGGUCUGCACUUUAUUCAAAGCCGCAGAAAAGAAAGAGAUCCAUUUGGGUUGUACGAUCAUGUCAUCAUGGACAGUGGUUGUACAAACACCACCAUUUGUAAUGGUGAGCUUAUGCAUGGACUCCGUCAUGCUGAGAAAGAACUUGACAUGCACACUAACGUGGGCAGCAGAGUUCUCAACAAAGAAGGUUUUCUAGGAAGAUUUCCACCUCCAGUUUAUCACGAUGAAGAUGGAAUUGCCAAUGUACUUGCUAUGCGCGAGAUGAUUGCUGCGGGAUACCGCAUUUCUAUGGAUACUGAUGCUGACAAUGCUUUUAUUGUGCAUUGUGAUGGAAACAGAAAGAUGCAAUUUGUGAAUCGUAAGGGUGUGUAUGUGUUGGAGCAACUUGGAGCGAAUGUCAAACCAGUUGCCAAAGAGACAAGUGCGAUGUACCAUCGCCAGUUAAGCAACUUAAAUAAUCAACCCCAUUUCGAACUUUCUUCAAACAGACAGAAUGGAUAUGCUGGACUCGAGAUGACCUCCAAGAACAAGGAAGGAUUCACUCCAAGACAAGUCAAGGCUGCGAUGGAAGCGAGAAGUGCAAUGCACAUACUCAAUGCUUCAAGCACCAAAAGUCUGAAGCAUGCGAUCCGAUCUGGUCUCAUCAAGAACUGUCCUAUCACCAAAGAAGCAAUCAAUCAUGCUGAAGCAAUCUUUGGACCUGACGCCUCUACAUUGAAAGACAAGUCAACAAGACCAACUCUGAAGAAGACGUACGACGACUUCUUCAGUCCACCAGAGGAAUCAUAUCAGCACAAUCGAUCUCUUACCAACCUGAAGACUGACCCUGUAUUUGAAGCAUUGGAUAAGAUAUUCCGCCGCUACAACAAGGCAGGCUUUCAAGUCAAGAUCAUCAAGUGUGAUCGGGCGUUCAUUCCUCUCACGGAUGAUAUGCUAGACGAUAUGGGUGUUACUAUUGACCCGACUGCAGCUGGAGACCACGAGCCUACCGCUGAGCGCAACAAUAGGACGCUGAAAGAAAGAGUCAGAGUAGCUCUUGCACAAUUACCCUACAAAGUGGUUCCAAAAGUGAUCACUGAAUGUCUUGGACGUCGAGCCGCCAAGCUAUUGAAUGUCUUUCCCCAGAAAGACAGUAUCUCAUCACACUUUAGUCCGCAGCAACUCAUUGAUAAUGUCAAUAUCAACUACAAGAGUGACAUGGUUGCUGAACUUGGACAACAUGUUCAUGCAAUUGGGACGGAUUCCAACAAUUCGAUGGAACGGGACCUACGAAGGGACAACGUACUGGGCACCAAGUGCUCAACCUCAAUACUAAGAAGAUGA